AUGAACAAGAUCCGAAAGUUUUUCCGAGGAAGUGGGAGAGUCUUGGCAUUUAUAUUUGUAGCUUCUGUCAUCUGGCUACUCUUUGACAUGGCAGCUCUCCGCCUCUCAUUCAGUGAGAUCAGCACUGGGAUACUUAAAGAAAACAUCAGGAGGAGGGAGCAGACAGGGAUCAGAGUCCAGCCAGACCAAAUGAAGAUCCUUUACAACAACAUUCCAGGAAUGAGGCUGUCCCGGAAUGGAGUUUGGGGAAAGGAGAAUUUUAGAAAGGCAGAGGACCACGCACUCAAGGUUGACGAGCAUAUGGACCAAGUCCAGAGGAGAGGGAAAAUGCAGAUCCCCUUGGGAAGGGGAAAAGCUGUACCUCUGCGGCAUGCUGCACAUCUGAGAACCCUCCCAGAGUCUCUUACUGUGCAGAAGACAGAUGGGAGAGACAGCAAACCUAAAGCCUCCUCCCAGCCUAUGACUCCCAAGCAAACAACAAUUUCAUCACAGAGGACCCCAUCUGCGGCAAGAGGAACGUUACUGACCAAUAUAUCAGUACACACAGAAGCCUUUACUACAAAACAAGAGGCCCCAGAGAAUCACACUCUCAGCAGGCAGGAAUCAAAGCAAACAUCUGAAAGGACCCUGAAUGUGACCAUCAGGGUCAGGACUGACAGCUCAAAGCAGCAGUCACAGACAGUAACAACAUGGAGGACACACUUUGCCAACUCGCCAAUCCUGAAAUCUGGGGAAGACAUAGCCAUAAAGAAAACUGAGGCUCAGGGCAAAGAAUUAAAACACAAAGCCCAUAAAGUGUUACCUCUUUUUAAGUUUAUUGCUGAUACAAGUCGUUUAAAGAAGCAAUCUAUGAAUGAGACACAGUUGGGAGGCUUGCCAGAAGAUGAUGGCGCCAAAGUGGCACCAGGGAAGAAACUUAAUAUUUCAGAAAGCCAGGUUGUGGUUAUAACCAAAGAGGAGGACCUGAGGACAGAUACCAAAGAGGUACCUGAUUCUAAAACCCAAACUAUCGUCCCUAAAUUACUGGGUGGAAACCAAGAGAAACACUUCCCCAGAAAUCAAAGCGAGACAUCUUCCUCUCUGCUAGCUCCACAGAGAGCAGUGUCUCAAGCCAAGCUGUCCUUAGCAGGGGGACUCCAUCCAGGAAGAAGAAACUUGACUGUUAAGGCCCAGACUGUGCGAUACCAUCAAAACCACACAAAUACCCCUGAAAACUCUGGAAGGCAUCGUGUACUGAGAAUAGAUGUGACCCUUUCUCCAAGGGAUCCCAAUGCUCCGGGUCAGUUUGGGCGCCCUGUGGUUGUUCCGCCUGGAAAGAAGAAGGAGGCAGAACGAAGAUGGAAAGAAGGAAACUUCAAUGUCUACCUUAGUGACCUGAUUCCAGUGGACAGAGCCAUUGAAGACACAAGGCCUGCGGGGUGUGCAGAGCAGCUGGUUCACAAUGACCUCCCCACCACCAGCAUCAUCAUGUGCUUUGUAGAUGAGGUGUGGUCCGCGCUCCUGAGGUCCGUGCACAGCGUCCUCAAUCGCUCUCCUCCACACCUCAUCAAGGAGAUUCUGCUGGUGGACGACUUCAGCACCAAAGACUACCUAAAAGCUGAUUUGGAUAAAUACAUGUCUCAGUUUCCAAAAGUGCGGAUUCUCCGCCUCAAAGAGAGACAUGGCUUGAUCAGAGCGAGGCUGGCAGGGGCACAGAAUGCAACAGGGGAUGUGCUGACAUUCCUAGACUCUCAUGUGGAAUGCAAUGUGGGCUGGCUGGAACCGCUUCUGGAAAGAGUUUACUUAAAUAGGAAAAAAGUGGCCUGCCCAGUAAUUGAAGUCAUCAAUGACAAGGACAUGAGUUACAUGACAGUGGACAACUUCCAAAGAGGUGUCUUCACCUGGCCCAUGAACUUUGGCUGGAGAACAAUUCCUCCAGAUGUUGUUGCAAAAAGCGGGAUUCAAGAAACUGAUGUGAUAAGGUGCCCAGUCAUGGCAGGCGGAUUAUUUUCUAUUGAUAAAAGUUACUUUUAUGAACUUGGAACUUAUGACCCUGGUCUUGAUGUUUGGGGAGGAGAAAAUAUGGAGCUGUCCUUCAAGGUCUGGAUGUGUGGUGGUGAAAUCGAGAUUGUUCCCUGUUCCAGAGUGGGCCACAUCUUCCGAAACGACAAUCCGUACUCCUUCCCCAAAGACCGCAUGAAGACGGUGGAGCGGAACCUGGUGCGGGUGGCUGAGGUCUGGCUCGAUGAGUACAAAGACCUCUUCUACGGCCACGGGGAUCACCUCAUAGACCAAGGGUUGGAUGUGGGCAACCUGACCCAGCAAAGAGAGUUGCGGAAGAAGCUGAAGUGCAAAGGUUUCAAGUGGUACUUGGACAAUGUCUUCCCUGACCUGAAGGCUCCUAUUGUGAGAGCUAGUGGCGUGCUUGUGAAUGUGGCCUUGGGCAAGUGCAUUUCCAUUGAAAACACCACAGCCAUGCUGGAAGACUGUGAUGGGAGCAGCCAGCGUCAACAAUUCAAUUACACCUGGGUAAGACUGAUUAAACAUGGACAGUGGUGCCUGGCGCCCGGCACUGAAAAGGGACCCCUGAGACUCCAGCCAUGUGAUAACAGAAACACCAGCCUCAAGUGGCUGCACAAAUCAGCAUCGGGCUUUCAUCCAGAACUGGUGGAUCACAUUGUCUUUGAAAACUAUCAGCAGUUGCUAUGCAUGGAAGGAAAUGCUUCUCAGAAGACCCUGACAGUGGCCACUUGUAACCCAAUGGAACCAUAUCAAAAGUGGAAAUUUGAACAAUACUAUGAAGGCUAA